GAGCAGGAGAGCAGGAACACAGAGAGAUACAAAAAGGGGGAGAGAGAGGAAGUUUGAACCCUCCAACGGUUGACGAUGGGGAGGGGAAAGUUCAAGGGCAAGCCAACGGGUCGAAGGCACUUCUCUACUCCCGAAGAGAUGCUCGCUGGUACUUCAACUCGUCCUCGCACUUUUAAACAGGCAGAAGCCAAAGAUGAGGAAGAAGAGGAGGAAGAAACUGAAGAAUCUGAAGAGGAAUCAGAUGCAGAACCUGAGAAGCAAAAAGGAACCCAGGGUAUUAUUGAGAUUCAGAAUCCUAAUCUGGUGAAACCAAAGAAUUUGAAAGCUAGGGAUGUUGAUACUGAAAAACCAACUGAACUAUCUAGGCGUGAAAGGGAGGAGAUAGAGAAACAAACAGCUCAUGAACGAUAUAUGAGGCUGCAGGAACAAGGAAAAACAGAACAAGCAAAAAAAGAUUUAGAGCGUUUGUCCAUGAUACGCCAACAAAGGGCAGAGGCUGCAAAGAAACGUGAGGAAGAGAAGCAUGCCAAAGAGCAGAAGAAAGCUGAAACUCGCAAAUGACGUGGGAAAUGUAAUGAAAAGCCUAUCUAGAAGAAGUUCCUCAUCCCCCCCCCCCCCCCACAAGAA